AUGGCGGAGUCUGAAACGGGCCUCGGCACAACAGACACAACACAAAGAAAGCGUGGGAGUGCCAAACGAACAGCACGAGCAUGCGACGAAUGUCGUCUCAGGAAGUCAAAAUGCGAUGGACUGAAUCCAUGCGAGGCAUGUCAGACGACUGACAGAUAUUGCACGUACAAUUUGUCCGCAGCGCGAGGCACUAACUCUGGUACUAGAAUCCGUAUCCUCGAGGAUAGGCUCCGGCGUGCAAGAGCCUAUCUUGUCGAGGCGCAACGGCGUACGCCCUCACUAGCUGGCGUCAAUUUUGAUGCACUGUUGGGUCCUGUUGAAGACGACUCUCGGCGACCAUCGAGGCAUGAUACAGGCUCGGAAGAUGACGCAAGUCAGGACACGCUGGACAGCAUGAUGAAUUCUUAUGGUCAACUUACCAUGGGCAGCAAUGGAAGGAUGCACCGCGACUUUUAUGGUGCAGCUUCCGGUCUUGCUUGGAUUCAGAGGGCGGGAAGCUAUUUCGAAGGUACUGAUCGCGACCUUGACCAAGAAGCACAAGAUGUUGCUGAAAGUGAGUCUGCCGCUGUUCAAUUGUUUGAUGCGCCUUUGCCAGGGACGCAACCACUACACGCGGACGAAACAAUAAUCGAGAUGCUGCCAUCCAGGGCGACUGCAGACAAGCUGUUGGAGAUUGUCUUCAAGCAAGUGUACCCAAUGUUCCAUUUUCUCUGCGAAGACGACUUUGGGGAAACUAUGGACAGAAUCUACCAGCUGCAUCCGUCCCAGUAUGAGGAAGAAGAUCAGGCCUUUAUUCCGCUAUUUUUAUCAGUCAUGGGUUUAGGCUAUUUGUUCUCGAAGGAGGAUCAUGACAAGAUGGGCUGCAGAGGCGCUGUUGCACAAGGAUCAACCCACGAUGCAAAUUUGUCACCCAGAGAGAAGCGGGUCCGUCGAAGAGUAUUCUGGUCUGUGAUGAACCUUGAUCUGUAUAUCAGCAGCAUCCUUGGUUUGCCUCAGAUCAUGGAUCUUUCAGCUGUCGACCCUGCUAUCGAUACGACCAUCGAGAUUGCCUUGAACGAUGUCCAGAAGGCAGCAUACCUGACACCGGGAGACAAGCUGGCAUUGGCUGCAUCCGCCAAGCACAUAGAACUAAUGCGCAUCCUUCUCAAAGCUCAAGCAGCUCUCUAUCCGAAACCGACAGAUCCACCUGAUUCGAAGAAGCUCAACGGCACCAUAUCAGUUAGCCUAAGCAAGCUCCAGAAGGUUGAGGAUCAGUUCCGAGCCUGGGCCGAGUCGCUUGCGGAUGUGUUAUCACGUCCGGAUGACAGUGAAGAAGCACAGAGCGUCAGAUAUGAGAUCAGUAUGUGUUACUAUUUCGCUCAGAUUGUCCUAUACAGAGCAUUUCUCCACUACCUAGCCAAGCAACAUGAAGAUAGUUCAAUUGGUCAACGGCAGCUGAGUUAUGCCAAAACAUGUGUCAAAAUGGCUAGAAAAGUCAUCGAGCUCGGUGUGGAACAUCAGAAGAGAGGCCUCCUGUGUCCAGCGUCUUGGAGCAGUGUCUACACGGUCUUCAUCGCCACAGUCUGUCUAGUCUUCGCCUACGCCACACGUCGAAAAGGAAGUUCUGCGCCCGAAAUCAAAAGCGACAUCGAAAAUGCGAUUAGGAUGCUCUGUUGCACCGCUUGCACCACAGACACUGGCUCAGUACGAUGUCUCGAGAUUCUACGCAGGCUAAUAAAACGAGUUAGCUACGCCGUUGACAUCGACGUCGAUGAUAUCUGCGCCAACACAGAGUCAUGCUGCACAACAGACUUCUCGGACUUUGGACGACCUAACAGGACCGAUGCGCAGACACUGCAUAUUCCAGACGGUGUAGGGUCAGAUUUCUCGCAAUCCCAAACGUCGUCGCAGAGCCAGAGUCAGGCACAGUUCGACAGUAGCCAGGGAUGGAGUCUGAGUCCUGGUGCCAUGCUGAGACAACCGUCAUUCACAGGAAUGAGCUUUGCAAACUACAAUGCACCUCAAUCGACCUUGCAGACCUUGCCUCCAGCCUAUCCGGGCCAAGACGAGGAAAUGAUGGAGGUGCCGUAUGGUGGGACUUUUAGCUGGCCGCAGCACGAGUUCCAUGAAGCAGCGCUCAGAAUGGGGCAGCCUGCUGAAGUAUCGAGUGUUGGAGGAGGCGCGCAACAGCAAUCGGGGGCGUCAACGACUUCGAGUGCACAGACGCCGAUAUCGUCCAACGAUAUUGCGGCUUUCAUGCACAUCAAUCCUGUAGACGAGAGUUAUCGCUUUCGGGAGCCGCGGAACAGAUGA